GGUCCGCUGAAGCGCAGGCACCGCGUCUUCCAUUGAGCUACCGGGAAGUUGCUCUUUGUCUUAGUCAUGUCUCGGGGGUCGAGCGCGGGCUUUGACCGGCACAUUACAAUCUUUUCACCCGAAGGGCGACUUUACCAAGUGGAAUAUGCAUUCAAGGCCAUCAAUCAAGGUGGGCUUACAUCCGUGGCUGUGCGAGGGAAAGACUGCGCCGUCGUCGUAACACAAAGGAAAGUCCCAGACAAGCUGUUGGACAGCAACACAGUUACUCAUUUAUUCCGGAUAACCGAGAACAUUGGCUGCGUGAUGACCGGCAUGACAGCUGACAGCAGGUCGCAGGUCCAGAGGGCACGUUACGAGGCUGCCAACUGGAAGUAUAAAUACGGCUACGAGAUCCCGGUCGACAUGCUUUGCAAGCGGAUUGCCGAUAUUUCCCAGGUGUACACACAAAAUGCAGAAAUGAGACCCUUGGGAUGCUGCAUGAUUCUAAUCGGAGUGGACGAGGAGAAUGGACCUCAAGUGUAUAAAUGUGACCCAGCUGGCUACUAUUGUGGCUUCAAGGCCACCACGGCUGGUGUGAAGCAAACAGAGGCUACUAGCUUCUUGGAAAAGAAAGUGAAGAAGAAGUUUGACUGGACGUACGAGCAGACUGUUGAGACCGCGAUCUCCUGUCUCUCCACCGUCCUCUCCAUUGAUUUCAAGCCGUCUGAGCUGGAAGUGGGUGUAGUGAAGACUCAGGACCCCAAAUUCAGAAUCCUUACAGAAGCUGAGAUUGAUAUCCACCUUGUUGCACUUGCCGAGCGUGACUAGUGUUUUAUCUGCACGUUGUCUGCCCAUACAGUUCAUGUCUGGUGUAAUCCACUACACACACGCUUUUGUCUUGUAUUUUCUUUCUCUGGUUAAAUAAAGCAGAGGGUUUUUUUGGAA